AUGGCUGAACCAACGGAGCAACUGAACGAGCUCUUUGGCGGUUCUUUUCCCGAUGGCCUUCCCCAGGACGUGUUGGGCGAGUUGUUGUCCAUUCUGCAACUCCACGCAAUUGAACCUCAGGAGCUCUUUUACAAGUGGGAAUCUUACUGCCUGAAAAUGGCCGGUGAAGAAACGGUUUUGAAUCUGGACACUGUUCGCUCCUUCAAGCGCAGCCUUCAUGAUGCUAUAGAGAGAGAAUCGCGAGCAAAGACCCAAAUGCGGGGGACAGAGAAACGAACUACGGGGCCAGCAGCACCUCGUCCUGUUGCUGGAGCGAACCAGGGGAUAUUUGAUAUGUAA